AACAGCACCACUGUAUGAGAAGAAUCAACUGAGCGCAUAUGCUUAGGCUGCAAACACGACUCCUUUGUGCAUGUGUGCUCUAGUAUGUCUUAAAGUUAUAGUGUUUGCUUGGAGCAAAAUAUCUUGAAGAAAGCUGAAACCUGAGGGACUGAAAAAAGAAGGAAAAAUUAAAGGACACAUUCCAUGUUACUUGCUUAUGCUGUAGGGCAAGUCCUGGAUAAACAGAAUAAAAUAUUAUCCUUGUGCUAUAGAAGAAUCUGGAAAACUGAAUCCUCACAAAAUGGUUUUCCAAGCCAUUGGCAGACUGCUGGGGUACCCCAAAAGAACUCCAUCCAGUUUCAAAUCACAGCAGAAGACUCCAGCGGAAGGAGAGAGGCUGUAUAUUGAAGCAGGAUAUGCCAAGACACGGAUUAUUGACAGUGAUUUGCAAACACUUGUGACACUACCAGAAGGCAUUAGUCAACAAGAGUGGAUAGCUACCAAUGCUGCAAACUUUUUUCACCACGUGAACUUGAUUUAUGAAGUCAUUGCCGAAUUCUGUACACCUAGAUGCUGCCCAACAAUGGUGGCAUUUAAAACGGAGUUUGUGUGGAUGGAUGACAAGGGAAGAAAGAUGAAGAACAGUGCCCAGCAAUAUGCAGACUAUGUCAUUCUCUCAGGACAGAAACUGCUGAUGGAUGAGAGGGUAUUUCCCACCAAAUAUGGGAAACCAUUUCCCAGAUCCUUCGAGUCACUGGUUCAGAAGUUCUUCAGGCAUCUUUUUCACAUUUUGGCACACAUCUACUCUGCUCACACGCAGGAGAUCAUAGCUCUUGAGCUGCAUUCACAUCUGAACACACUCUAUGUGCAUCUUAUUUUGUUCUGCAAAGAGUUUGAACUGCUGAAUACCAAAGAUACAGCUAUAGCGGAACAUUUAACCAAGCAUAUGCUGUAGGACUUAACAGCAGCCAAACUUAAGUAAAAUGCAAAGGACUGAUAAUUAUUUAUUUAUUUGCAAUUUAAAUAAAAAUAUUCAGGUUUUCACAGUUUACUUAAAUUAACAAAGUUAAUGACCUCUGUUUUUCAUAUAAUAAAAUACAACUAGAAAAUGGUGAUUUAUGAUCAGCAUCACACAGUUUCUCCUCCUCCUGUAAUUUUUAUCUAAUUUAGGGGAUGAGGAAGUAAGACAUAGCUUCUAAGGUCAUUUAAUGUUCUAUGUACAUGUCCGUGUGUGUGUGUAUAUGUAUGUGUGUGUGUGUGUGUGUGUGUGUGUGUGUGUGUGUGUGUGUGUGUGUGUGUGUGUGUGUGUGUGUAUAUGUGUGAAAGUAGGGGUUAUGAACUUCUACUCUAUCUUUGGUUGCUAAUAGAACCUCACAGUGUAUACUCACAGACCUCAGAUGUAGGUUACUGAAAGAAAUGAGCUGAGCUCAGAAGUGGGUUACUGGAAGAGGUGGGAAUAUGUUUGUGACUGAUUAUACCGGAAGACACUGUGAGAAAAAUUUUCAGAAGUUUAGGUUUGUUCCUCCUAUUACUUCACAUGUAAACUAUUAGGAAGGUGCCUUCUAGGAUGGUCAAACACCAAAGGGCUGGGCUUGCAGGAUAGGGAGGUGGUCUUUAAGGUGCUAAGCCCCACCAGUUUAACAAAGUGGGUUUUGAACCUCAUUACAACUUCAUCAGCAGCCCAAUUAUUUCAGUGGCAUUAUAUACAUGGUAUAAUGUCAGUGUAUGCUCUGUUAAUAAAGACCAUUGUGGGAAAAAUAUUGAGUAGAGACUUUUAGUUUAGCAAUAAAGACUACCAAGUGAAUUACACUGAUAAUAAUGGCAGUAAAGAUGGGGCCACACAGGUUCAUGGCAUAGCUGCUUUGUGUUCUUCCUUUUUUGACCCCUAAAUCAACUCCUUCUUGGCAUUAAGGACACAAACACUAAGAGAUGCAGAUGGCUAAUGUCAUGCAAAUCUUUGCUCCAUAUGGCGCCCAAUAAGCUUGGAAUGUAUGAUAUGAGGUAAACCAUAUGUGUAUGUGUUACAUGCUCUCUUCCUUUCUCUUAGUAAAUACUGACAAUUAAACUCCCAUGGUGCACAGCUUUCAAUAGUAAUUGGUUCCAUAACAAAUUACAUACUGUGGUGCAAAUUCAUGCAUGUGAACUUGUUGCAUGCAACACUAGUUUCCUGGUAAGAUGUGGAAAAAGAGAAGAAGGUAUUGUUUGCAUUUGCAGUUUCAUUAAAAAAAUGUAAUUCUAAGUAGAAGCAUAUUGGAUUUUCUGGACAGCAACACAUGAACCUUGACAGCAAGCACCAUGGCAUCAGUGACUCAGAUGUAUUUAAAUAAUGCUUUAUUAGAUUUGAAAAAGCAAUAAUUAAUUUAUAAGCUACCAAUAGAUGCAUUUGUAAUUUCACCUUUUAUACUUUUGUAUGAUUUAUAAAGUUGUUACUUUUAACAAUA